CUCCCCACAGACUUGUACCUCAAGGGUGAACUUGUAUACCACCCUGAAUGCGACACCAUCUUCAUGGCUGGCUCGCCCCAUGUCACCAAACCCUCAGAGAUGUACCUGCGUGACAUGUCCUUGGUCGACUUACCCGUGCAUGCCAACGGCCGUGAGCUGCUCUUUUCCUCCAUGCAUCAAACAGCCACCAUCAGCAUCGCCCGUCAGCUCGAAGAUACCAUGGAGCAUCUGGAUGAGGCCAAGGCUGACAUGAACCGCCAAAAGGCUCGCGUCGAAGAACUCCUGCAUGGCAUCUUACCCCCAGCCAUUGCUGACCAGCUUGCGCGAGGCGUGCGCCCCGAGGCUGAGCGCUAUCGCAGCGUCACCAUCUUGUUCAGCGAUAUUGUCGGCUUCACCAAGCUCUCCUCGUCGGUCAAACCGCAGGCCGUGAUGAACAUGCUUAACGAGCUCUUUUCCAAGUUUGACGCGCUCUGUGACAAGCACAACGUGUUCAAGGUUGAAACCAUUGGCGAUGCCUAUAUGGUCGUCUGUGGCCUGCCCACGCCCAACGAGCGACAUCCCAUUCACAUGGCCCGCUUUGCCAUCGACAUGGCCAUGGCUGCACGCAGCGUCAAGUCUCCCGUUGACGGCUCUCCUCUUCAGAUUCGAGUGGGUUUGCAUAGUGGCAGCGUGAUGGCUGGUGUGGUUGGCAUGAAGGCCCCGCGCUACUGCCUCUUUGGUGCGUGA